CACGCAUAUCGGCAAUGCAACUCUUCUCUCUCGACAUAACCUUUUUGGAGGGAAAAUUUUGGUGCUCUCAAAAUCCGAAUUCGAAGUAACGCAGAUGCAUAUGCUGGGAAUCCCGAUGGGUGAUUAGUCUGACGGGUUGCUGUUCGGGAAUAGUGGCCAUCUAAUCAUAUAAAAGGAUAGCGACCAGAUCGUAAGAGAAGUAGUUCCAAAAAACAAACGAAAUGGUGCAUGUAGCAACGGAAAAAGCAUCGGUGGCUGUUCCUCGACAACUUCCACUGGGGGGCCAUGUGGGCUUUGACACUCUCCCAGAUCAAUUGGUCAACAAAAGCGUGCAGAAUGGCUUCAGUUUCAACAUCAUGUGCAUUGGCGAGACGGCGCUGGGAAAGUCAACCUUGAUGGACACCCUGUUCAACACCAGCUUCGGGUCGACGCCCAGCUCCCACAAUCUGCCGAAUGUCAAGUUGAAGGCGCACACCUACGAGCUGCAGGAGAGCAACGUUCGGCUGAAGCUAACCAUUUGCGACACGAUUGGAUACGGCGACCAGGUUAACAAGGAGGACUCGUACAAGGCGCUCGUCGAAUAUGUGGACUCACAGUUCGAGUCCUACUUGCAGGAGGAGCUUAAGAUCCAGCGAUCGCUGGCCACCGCCCAUGACGGGCGCGUCCACGUCUGUCUCUACUUCAUCUGUCCGACCGGACAUGGCCUAAAGUCGAUGGAUCUGGUGUGCAUGAAGCAGCUGGACACCAGGGUCAACAUUAUACCGGUCAUUGCCAAGGCCGACACCAUAUCCAAGUCGGAGCUGGCCGGCUUCAAGGCUAGGAUUCUCGCCGAGCUGCGCGAGAACAAAGUCAACAUCUACGAAUUCCCCACCGACGACGAGACGGUGUCCGAGACGAACGACUCGAUGAACAGCCAUGUUCCCUUCGCUGUUGUCGGCAGCACAGAGUUCGUAAAGGUCGGAAGCAAGAUGGUCCGCGCCCGCCAGUAUCCCUGGGGCACGGUGCAGAUUGAGAACGAAGCUCACUGUGACUUUGUGAAGCUGCGCGAGAUGCUCAUACGCACCAACAUGGAGGAUCUGCGGGAGCUGACGCAUACGCGCCACUACGAGCUCUACCGCCAGCGGCGCCUGCAGCAGAUGGGCUUUGUGGAUGUGGAUUGCAACAACAAGCCGGUAUCUUUCCAGCAGACAUUCGAGACGAAGCGCACCAAUCACUUGGCCUGUCUGCAGGCCAAGGAGGAGGAAGUGCGUCAAAUGUUCGUGCAGCGCGUCAAGCAGAAGGAGAACGAGCUGAAGGACAGCGAGAAGGAGCUGCACACCAAAUUCGAGUGCCUCAAGAGGGAGCAUCUGGAGGAGAAGGCCAGCCUGGAGGAGGCCCGUCGCCGGCUCGAGGAGGAGUGCCAGGAGAUGCAGCGCCGCAAGCAGCAGCUCUCCAAUGGCAGCAGCCACCUGGCCACGCUGACCCUGGGCCGCGGCAAGAAGAAGUAAAGUAGUUUGCACAUUACCUGAGGGGGGAAUAAAACGAAUGUGAAACCAUCUGCAGUACCUAGGAUUAAGUGGCUCAUUUUCCAAGAAACAAUAAACAACCGACCCGCGAAACAUAUCUGCGACGCUCUCU